CUCUCUCCUCCUCUCUCUCCCCUCCUCUCUCUCUAAAAACUGCAACAACAAAGCAUUGCUCUCGUAGCGUUAUUCUGUACGGUGAUGGUGGUGGUGGUGAAGCAAGGACAUGGAGGCUGUGGAGGACGUGGCUGCGCCGCCGGGUCGAAAUAACAAAGACCUCUCUCCCAUCGCCAAGGGCAAGCGCACCAAGAGACACAGGCCUCAUUCUCCUAUUCCCUUCACCAUCAAACCUCCGCCAGGAGAUAAUGCCCCAACAGCCGCAGUUGACGAGCAACAGCUCCUCCGCCGUAGCCCCACCUUCUCUGCGGUCUCCUCAGAGGAGAGCACCACCACCGAGGAAGUCGAUACCGCCCGAUGCCUCAUCCUUUUGUCACGAGGUUAUUUUUCAGCACACCCUUCGAAUUAUCACCACGAUGAGAAUCAACCCAAACAGAACAACAGCAGCAGGUGGUACGCGGGGGCUGCCACCUAUUCCACGGCGCCGGCCUAUGGAGGCCCCCACAAGGUGGCCGGCAGCAGUGCGUGCGUUUACACAUGCAAGACGUGUAACAGGUCUUUCCCUUCCUUCCAGGCCCUCGGUGGCCACCGGGCCAGCCACAAGAAGCCCAAGAACGAGAAAAAAACAUCAGCCGCAUUCUCCGACGAAGAAGACUUCCCGUCGCCGACCAUGUCAUCGUCCAAGAGCAGAAUUCCGUAUCAUUCCCUUUCUCUCCAGCUGAGCAACAUUUCCUCCACCACCUUCUCCGCCGCGCCCAAGUCGUUGGCUUCUCCAAGAAUCCAUGAGUGCUCCUAUUGCGGGGCGGAGUUCACGUCGGGCCAGGCCCUUGGAGGACACAUGAGGAAGCACCGGGCCGGGCCGAUCAUCCGAUCCUCAAACGUUCCACCAGAUACCUACAUUGAGGAGCUCGAGCCCCAUCACUUGAAGAAGCCCAGAAUCGGGCUGUCUUUGGAUCUCAACCUUCCGGCGCCAGAAGAUGAGAAUCAGAAGUUGGGGCUUGGGUCAAAGCAACAAAAAAGCCCGGAAGAAAAGAAGGAAACCGGAACGGGCCUUGGCUUAACCACCACUACAGCUCCACAAUUGAUUGACUGCCAUUAUUAGUUGAGAAAGGUUCAAAUUGUUCUUUUAAUUAUAUAUUAAUCUCCACACAUAUACAUAACUUAGACUCGACUAAUCACCAUUAAUAUUCUCCUACUACUACUUUUUUAUAUUUUAAUUUUUUCAAUUGCCUAGACCAUUUCUUUUUUCAUUAAUCAUUAUUUUGUUCAUCAACUUGUACA